AUGAACGGCUGCGGGGAACACAACUUUCUUGUAGCCAUGCUCGUCGAUCAGCCCGGCGCAAGCAUCAAGAGUUGCAUGUCGUGUGAUGCAGCGUUUACAAUUGGUAACGAUGUUGAUGGGAAUACGGCAUCAAUCGCGUUGAAGUUGGGGGUGUUUCAAGGCUGCCCACUUAGCCCCCACCUCUUUAACGCCGCGAUCUCUCUGCUUCUCCUCGCGCUCAAUUCGCUGCCGGACACUGGUGUGAAGGUGUUCAGCGAAGACCGUCCCGGUGCGGCUGCUUAUGCAGAUGACUUGAAGACGUUCAGCAGUACUGUGGACGGCAUCAAGCGACAGCACGCCGCGGUGCAAGACUUCCUGCGGUGGACCGGCAUGAAGGCAAAUCCGCACAAGUACAGUACCACGUCGGUCCAGCUGGACGUGCGUAGUCUACACAUGACUAGCGACCUCAGGCUGCAGCUGGACGGCACCCCCGAUCCCCGCACUCAGCGCCUCCAACUCCUACCAGUAUUUGGGGAUCGGGGAUGGCUUCGACCACGUGCACCGUCGCGUUGA